AUGCUAACGAAUUUGACAGUCGUAGAGUUACCAGAUCCAUUAUAUGAAUUACCAAGAGAAAAGGCACUUCCAAAGCCUAAAGAAAAGACCAAAUGGGAGAAGUUUGCAGAAGCCAAAGGUAUUAAAAAGACAACCAGAAGAGGAAGGCAAGUUUAUGAUGAAGAGAAGGAAGAAUGGGUUGGUAGAUGGGGAUAUAAGGGAAAGAAUAAAGAAGUUGAUAAUCAAUGGUUGGUUGAACUUGAUGACACUGAUAAGAAAGGAGAGGACGAUAAUGAUGAUGAGAUUGAUCCAAGAAAGUUGAGUCGAAUGGAGAGAAAGAAGUUGGUCAAGAAGAAUACCCUUCAUGAGAAGCGUAAUAGACUUAAUGGGGGACCUAAAUAA